AUGUAUUUUGGCCUUACAGACCUCGUCAAAGGUCUUCUGACCGGUGGCAAUGUCUCAGCAAGAAACGAUAAUGCGCUCACCAAUUCCAGAGGCGGCGACCACUACUACGCCCGAGGUAACAUCACCGACCGCGGCCCCUGCCCAGGUUUAAACGCUCUGGCAAACCAAGGCUACCUGUGUGUCCACCAACAACCUCAUCUGAAUCCGAUAUUAACCACUCCACAGNNCCCUCGCGAUGGCAAAAACAUCACCUUACCUCAAGUCGAAGAAGCUCUAAUGACAACUCUGCACAUGGAAAAAGCAUUAGCAUUCGCCAUAACAAACCCUCUGCGUCCUCUAUUGCGCAAAGACGGCACNUUUGACUUGGUCAUGAUGCGCCAGCACAAUGUUAUCGAACACGAUGCCUCCUUCACCCGUCUGGACUUCCGUGAGGGCGACAACUACAACUUUCAACCCCGUCUCUUUCGCGCCAUGCUCAAUGAUGCCAAUGGUGGUCCUAUUAACAUCUCCAGCCUUGCUCGAACAUACGUGAGGAGAAAUAAGGAGAGUAGGGAUGCCGGUGCCCCUGCUUUACCUUGGAAUGUGUGGUUUGUGAAUUUGUUGCAGAGUGUGAGUUUGAUGAACACUGCAAAGAUGGGAGGGGAGUUGAGCAGAGAGGUUAUGACGACUUUCUAUGAGGAGGAGAGGUUUCCAGAUGAGGUUUUGGAAAAUGGGGAGGGGAGGACUUUGGUUGGCCUGGUUGGGUAUGCUGUUGCCUUGUUAUUUUGUGUUGUGUUCAGGAUAUGA